AUGGCAGGAUUGCAGUCUCGCUCGGCCAUGUCUCUGCCGUUUUCCCUCUCGUCGGCAUUUCGCAACCUCUCGUUGACGGGCUCGAAAAGAUCCUUUUCCUCGACUCCCGCCGCGCAGAAGAUCCCCAAGCUACCGGACUACAUCCCUCCUUAUCCCUAUGGCCCGAAUUACAUGUACCGGCAGUCGAAUACCGGUCUCUACGGCGGCGUGACGAUUCAAUUCGGAAACAAGAUCUCGCAGGGUCGGAAUAAGGGGAAAACCCGCCGAGACUGGAAGCCGAACGUUCGGCGGAAGAAGAUCUACAGCGAGGCCCUGGACGAGCAUCUGUUUAUCAAGGUCACGCGCAAGGCCUUGCGGACGAUCCAAAAGUCCGGCGGACUCGACAAGUACCUGCUGGACGACCGGCCCGCGCGGAUAAAGGAGCUGGGACUCUUCGGAUGGCGGUUGAGAUGGCAGGUGAUGCAGACGCCGAAGAUCCAGGAGCAAUUCCGACAAGAGCGAAAGAAGCUGGGUCUCCCCGAGCCCCCAACGUUCGAAGAGUGGGUGGCGCAGAAGGAGGCGGAGAUCAAGGCCAAGGCGGAGGACGAGACCAAUAUCAAGGAAGCCACGAAGCCGACCUACAACAAGAAGCAGUACUAG